AUGAAAAUUUUUGUGCAAAUGUUAGAUGGUUGGAGGAAAGAAAUCGUCGUCAACGAAAAUACUGAGACAGUCACCAAUCUUAAAGAAACCGUAGUCCGUGAGCUGAGAAACAAAGAGCUUACUAUUGAUCAGAUCCACCUAUUCUUCAAAGGUUGUGAAAUAAGCAGCGUGUGGGUAAGAGAUUGUGGCAUACGACCAGGGGAUACAGUAAAUGUUGUUGUCAAGCAACGAAAGUUCAUUCGAAUAACAGUGGAGCACGAAGAUGGCAGAAUCACUCUUGACGUUGAAGAAAGCGAGCUGGUCGAAGACGUUAAAAUGAGAAUUCAGGAAAGGGAAAAGUUUGCCGUUGAUCAACAAGUUCUUAUGUUCAACGAACAAGAAAUCAACGGAAGGUUGAAUCAUAACGGGGUUGAACAAGGGUCAACUUUGAACUUGUUUUUUAAGAAAGUGCAAAUUUUUGUUGAGGAUAUGAGAGGAAAAAAAGACGAGUUUGACGUCCAUCUUGCCGACGAAGUUCAUGAAUUCAAAGUAAAAGUCGCUGAGGUAAAGGGACUUGAGGCAACUCAGAUAAAACUGAUAUUUAAAGGAAAAGAAAUGUGUGAAGGGAAACUACUACAAGACUACUAUAUCAAGCCAAAUUCAACAGUGAACUUAGUAAUGCGAAAUCGUGGCGGAUAAAUUCAAACGUUAUGUCCUUAUCCUCGUAUUAAAACUUAAAUUCUUGAGCAAUAUAUUAUUUCAUACGAUUAUUCUCGAAAUUAAAAUAAAUAAACUUGUAUAAUAUCACUAAAAAGCAAAAAGCUAGACGUUUAUCACUCUUUCCUGCAACCACACUUGCAUGCAUAUAUACAUGUAUAUAUAUUUCAAUAUGAGUGUUCUAGCAAUUGUAUUCACCAAGCAUAUAUGCACCAAAUGAUUUUAUUACGAAUAACAAAUUACAUUGAUUGAUUGAAUUUUCUAAAACAAUGC